GCUGAUCCUCGAGCCCUCACGUGAAUUGGCCGAACAAACUCGCGAUCAGCUCAACUUGUUUAAGAAGCACAUCUCAGACUGUAACCUGCGCACGGCAUUGCUGAUUGGCGGCAUGAGCGCCAAGGACCAGCUCAAGCAACUGGCGCAAGGCGUGGAGAUUAUUGUUGGCACGCCCGGCCGUGUGGAGGACUUUGUCAAAACGGGCAAGCUAGAUCUUGGCCGCGUCCGCUUCUUUGUCAUGGACGAAGUGGAUGCCUUGCUCUCGCAGGGCCACUUCAACCUGCUGCGCGACUUGUACAAGCGCAUGCCUCAAGAAGACCCCGCUGGGCGCCGCCUGCAGGUGGUUGUGUGCUCGGCCACCCUCCACUCACCCGAUGUCACCAAGUUGGCAGAGACCAUCAUGUACCAUCCAGCUUGGGUUGACUUGAAGGGCAUGGAUUCGGUGCCAGACACGGUGCACCAUGCCGUUGUGCGCAUCGAUCCCACACGCGACACCUCAAGGCCGUCUGAUGCUAGGUGGUGGCAUCAAGUCCCCGCGUACGCACGCACAGACGAUGUGCAUGCCCGCGACAACAUCAAGCCACAGCGUCAAAGCAAAGAGGAUCUGUCUGAAGGAGUCAAGCGUCUCAAGUACAAAUAUCUCCUGGCAGCCAUCGACCAGCACCAAAUGGAUCAAGCCAUCAUUUUCUGCCGCACCAAGCUCGACUGCGAUAACGUGGAGCGCUUCCUGCAGACAGAGGGUGGUGGGGCCAAGGCCAUGGUGAAUGGUUACACCUGCGUCUGCGUGCACUCGGACCGCCGCGUGCCCGAGCGUCGAGAGAAUUUGCAAAAGUUCAAGGAUGGUGAGGCACGCUUCCUGAUCUGCACGGACGUUGCAGCACGUGGCAUUGAUGUCAAGGGCAUCCCUUAUGUCAUCAACUUUACCAUGCCGGAUGAGAAGCAAAACUAUGUGCACCGUAUCGGCCGCGUUGGUCGCGCCGACCGCAUGGGUCUAGCCAUCUCAUUCGUGGCCACUGUCCCCGAAAAGGUGUGGUAUCACAAAUGCCCUGCGCGCGGCAAGGGCUGUCACAACACGCGCCUGGUUGAGCAAGGUGGCUGUACCAUCUGGUACGAUGAGCCCAACCUCUUGAGCGAGGUGCAGGCCCACAUUGGUGUGGUCAUUCCCGAGCUCGAUGAGUCGAUGGCAGUGCCUCACCACGAAUACGACGGCAAAGUGGUCUACGGCGAGGCUCGGGACAAGAACAAGCAGCAAUAUGCGGGUCAUGCGGCCUUACUGGCGCCCUCGGUCGCAGAGUUGACUUCGUUGGAGCACUCGGCGCAAACGUCGUACCUUCAGCUUUUGACCAGCCUCUGAGGGGCGCAAGGGAGUGUACCGUGCUCCUCUUGUACGGGGACACCAAUAUUAUCCUGUCACUCGCCGCUGCAAUCGACAAGUCUAUUGG